GCGCGAGAAAGAAGAGUGAACGCGAAACAGCACAAGUCUCGAGGAAAAGUUGUUUUUUCACUCGCACCGGGUAGCAAAUUGUGGCUUUAAAGCAGAGGAAUGGAUAUGAGGACGUCUUUUCUCUGCGUAACCUAUGUUAUUCUUCUCACAGGCUCAGCCUGUGGACUACAGAUCACCUCUACUGGUCAGACAUCCAUUGAGAAAGCCAGCGGAGAGAGUGUAAAGCUGGACUGUCAAUUUACUCUUGCUUCUGAUGAUUCUGGGCCUUUGGACAUUGAGUGGAGCUUGCAGCCCUCCGACAACCAGAAAGAAGAGAAAGUGGUGAUCGUGUAUUCUGGUGACCGGGCCUUUGAACACUACUAUGAUCCUCUUAAAGGGAGAGUUCACUUCAACUCGCCUGAUCCUAAAAAUGGUGAUGCCUCCAUGAACAUCAUGGGCCUGAAAGCCACAGACACUGGGACUUAUCAGUGCAAGAUCAAGAAGGUUCCUGGUAUUGCUAGCAGGAAGUACCUGCUAACCGUUAUGGUACGUCCUUCUAAACCCAAAUGUAGUGCAGAGGGUCAAACUUACGUGGGUAAGAAUAUGGUGUUGAAGUGUAGCUCUGUGGAAGGCACACAACCUAUGGAGUACAUCUGGGAGAGAACCUCUGGCAAUAAGCUAUUGCCUCCAUUGGCAAUCCUGGAUAAAGUCACGGGCACCAUGACUCUGAAGAAUGCCACCGGGGAUGCUUCAGGGACAUAUCGAUGCCAGGCGAAAAACCGCGUUGGAACAGAAGAGUGUGUGGUAGAGGUCACUAUAACGCAACCACCUAAUACAGCUGGGAUCAUUGCAGGAGUAAUAAUUUGCAUUCUGCUGCUUCUCAUUCUCCUCGCCCUCAUCCUCUUCUGCUGCUGCCGUGCUCGCCACAAGAAGAAGUACGAGAAGGAAAUCGCCUAUGAGAUCAGAGAGGAUGUGCCUCCUCCAAAGAGCCGUGUUUCCACCGCCCGCAGUUUCACCAGUGUGGGCAGCCAACGCUCUUCUCUUGGCUCCAUGUCUCCUUCCAACCUGCACGAGUACAGCAAGCCCCAGUAUGACAAGAUUCCCUCUGAAGAGUACGACAGGCCCCCUAGCCACGCUCCCAUUCCCCCGCCCAGCAGAAUGGCCGGCCCCAACCUCAGCCGAAUGGGGGCCAUCCCAGUCAUGAUCCCUGCCCAAAACAAGGAUGGGUCUAUUGUGUAAAACUGAACUGGGAUCUUUCUCUGCACAUUUUGACGGUCUCUGUUCUUAUUCAUCAUUUUAGCGGAUUUUGUGAAGGAGCAAAUAGGAGGAACUCAGCUGUACGGAUAAUGCAAUUCGGCUGGCAGAACUUCAACAAACAUUAACACAAACUUUAUUCAACAAGAUGCAGAAAGUGAUAUGUCUGCUCUUGUUUUGUAAAUAAUGCAACGCAUGAUGAUUUUUCCCCAUUUUGUUUUCUUUAAAGAUAGAAGGCCCUUUUUUAAUGUAAGGCACUUGAAUUGGUUGCCUAUUAAGUGUUCUCCAGAGAUAAAUUCAAAUCAUUCAAAUGAAAUGUACAUUUAAUACAACCCCAUUUUAGAUAAAAACUCUCAAGCUAUUUGUUAAUGUUUUUUUAAACCAGUUUGAAAUAUUUUCUGGCAACUUGAACCAUUAAUCUAUGAACUUUGUUUUUUUUUUUUUUACUUUUUUGCUGGCAAAGAUUUACUCGAAGGGUCUGUGGAAAAUAUGAUGAAUAGCUUUGGUUUCUGGAUGUUUCUCAAAAAGAUAACAACAGCGUUUGCUUGGAUUGAAGAUUAUUUACCUGUGAUGUGUGUGUGUGUAUAUACAUGAAUAUGAAAUUGAUUUAUUUGAAGAUGAGCUAA